AUGGUGAAUGAGAGGAAGCUGAGGGCAGAGGAGCUGAAUUCCGCCACCAUGACCUCACAGGCCAGCUAUGGUAGCAGCAUGCUAUUCCGGUCCAUAAAUGAUGACCUGAAUGCAUCACUGGCCACAGCUGAUGAAUUAUCUAAAGAGUUUAAUUCUUUGCUCAAAGAAGCGUCCAACGGCAAUGACACAACACAGACCACAUUUACAGAGCACCAGGAGAGGCCACAACCCAGCCGCACAUCCAUCACAUCUACUGGGUCAAGUAGCAGCAGCAAUGACGGCUACAUCAGCAAACCAUUUUACACAAGCCCAUCCAAUAAUCCUUCUCUGGACUCUAUAAUAUCAGACACAAAAAACCCUAUUCCUUCAUCCCCGCGCACCGGUUCGCGCUCCAGUAUGCUCAACCCCUACGACAAUAGUCAGAUGGGACGAAGAUCUCCGAGACCAGACAAAAGCCCCUCACCGCUGACGUUCCAUCACCCUAUAUCCAGCACAUUACCCCGGAACUUCAGACCAGCAGAAGAAAAUGUACGGCCCAAAAUUCCCGGAAGCUGGAGUGAGACAGACCUUGACAUGUCCUAUGAUAGAAAACCUCACCAUUCCUACGACAAAACGGAGUGGCUGCGGCCUUCGGUGCAAAGUGGCAGCUGGAUGGAAUCAAACUUGGAUGGGCCACUUCAUCCAAGUCCCAAAAAGGAGUCUCGCUCUCCACCUCAUCAGUCGUAUAGCUCCCUUCCCCGCGCUGCACGUAUAGCUGUUCCUCCGGAUGCUUCUUCACAGGCGUAUUCAUCGUACCACCCUCAGCCUAUCAUCUCGCGCAUCUCCAUUCCUCCCUCUUCAGCCCAGCCACGCCAGCGUCGACCCAUUCCUCUGUCUGUCAUCAUGCGUCUGCAGAACCCCCACCUGUCCACCUAUCAGCCUGCCAUGCCCCUCCCAAGAGAGUACUUUUUCCCACCUACACAGCAGUCUCCACAAAGGCCCCCUGAGCUUAGACAGCCACCUGUGUACAGUGAUGCAUUGAAUCCUUCUGAUGUGGAUGCAGAGUUGGAACGUAUUGAUAUGACUCGCCACAUAAAUGUAAUUGAUGAAAAUUCCAUACUCGAGCCCGUCAGUGAUGCCCCCCGCCCUCUCAGCCCGACCCGACUGCAGCCGGUGGUGGCCCCUGAGGCCCAGGUGCAAGAGAGGCCAAACCUGGAAGAACUGCUGGCCAUUCGUGCGGAGAUCCCUCGUGCUCUGAAAAGAAGAGGGUCCGUAGACCACUCCCGCCCUUUGAAGCAAGCGUCCCACUAUGAGCCCAACCAAUACAAGCAUCUCAUUAACAAGCUCUUCCGCAAAAAGGAACAGCGUUCUAAAGGGGAGCCAAGUAGUGAGAACAGUAGCUCCUCUGAUGGAGAAGAAGGCGCCCUCCCUCCCUCUAUACCGACAGCCAAUGCACCACCGCAUGGAUACAAGAGUUAUCAUUCAAUACUGCGUAAGCCAAGAGAGCGCAAGUCGACUGGGAGGCGAGCCCGUCUGAGCCCCUUGGUCUUGGCCCUGGAUGGGGCACUCGUGGGUGAACUGGACACAGUGCAGCGGGCCAUGCAGGAAAUGAAUGAUCCCAGCCAACCAAAUGAUGAAGGUAUUACUGCACUUCACAAUGCUAUCUGUGGAGGUCACUACAAGGUUGUGGACUUCUUGGUUCGUCUUGGAGCAAAUGUUAGUGCCCCUGACAGCCAUGGAUGGACACCACUGCAUUGUGCAGCUUCAUGUAACGACAGGAAUCUUAGUGAAUUUUUGGUGAGAAGUGGAGCAGCUGUUAUGGCCAUAACAGAGAGUGAUGGCGCAACUGCUUCACAAAAGUGUGAUCCGUUUGCAGUUGGAUUUGAGGAGUGUGAAGUUUUCCUGAGAGGAGUGGAGGAGGCCAUGGGCGUGGACAACAGUGGUAUAUGGUUACAAUCCUACAGAAACAAGAAGGCUCUGACUGGUGGUGGGCCUCUCUAUGUGGGCGAGAAGGAUUUGUGCCAAACAACUACUUUGGGUUAUUUCCAAAGGUGCGACCGAAAACUAUAUGUUGAAAAGCUGCGGGAGCUUUUUGGUAUAGACUGUUAUGAGAGAGGAAUUGAACCUAUGCUGCUGGGGUAA